AUGAUGCAUCCUUCCAUUUAUCCUCAUCACUCAAAUGGUUAUCCCUCAUUCUUAUCCUAUGCCCCAUCAGGCCAACGAAAAUCUGAUUACGGAAUGUCUCUUCAUCAUCCACAUCAUUAUUUGAAUGAUUCCAUUGGUGCAAAUACUUCAUCAAGUAGUCCAUCAUCAAACAACAGCUCGGCACAUUUAUUAUCCUAUAGUGGUUACAGCACUGGACUUGAUUUAUCUUCACAUACGAACAAUCUCAAACGACCACGAAGUGAUAUUGACGAUGAGGAGAAUAUGAAUCCCAAUGAAGAAAGUCAAACAUCUCCUUCACCCUCAACAUCGAUUUUAGGUGAUAUUACAUCGUCGACCAAUGGACAAAAGAUGCUUCAUCAUUUCAAACAAGAUUACGGACAAAAUGAACUUUGCCCGUCAUUACCAUUUAAAAAACGUGCUCGUGCAGUUCCACCAGAACAAAAAGACGGUGCAUAUUACGAAAAACGAGCACGGAAUAAUGAAUCUGCUAAACGUUCACGUGAUGCACGUCGUCAGAAAGAACAAUUAACUCAAGAACGUUUGGCUUGUCUAGAACAAGAAAACGCCCGCUUGAUCAUGGAGAACCAAGCACUACGCUACCAACUUUCUCAACUUCAUGCGUUGUGCGGUGUUUCCAAAACCCUCCAAUGA